GUGAACAGCGACGCCAAGUCGUUGCUACAUCCGUCCCCUCUGGUUUAUCUCCUGUAACAGACGGUCUGCUCCUCAGAAGAGUAGAGAAGAGAAGAGACUCUGAGGAGAAGGGAAGAGAAGAGGUGAGAGGCGAGGAGAGGAGAGGAGCGGAGAAGGGAAGAGGGGUGGUUAUUAUCUUCAGAUCGGCCAUCGAAUUCUCGUAACUGUGGUGAUGGCAAGACUCACGUCACUGGCCGAGAAUGUGGUCACGGGGGCAGUCCACGUUCAGGCCAUCGGCUCCUUGUCUUUGUGGUUGACAAUGUCUCUUCUGGUGCUGACGGGGAUUAGCACAGAUGGGAACAGAGACCAUCACGGGGUCGGCUAUGGAGGUUCGCGGAUCGUUCUCGCUUUUGCAUCCCCGACACAAUCGAGGAAGCUUCUGGCGAUGGGCGGAGGAGGAGGAGGAGGAGGAGGAGGAGAGCGAGGUCAUCGUUUUUCCAAGCUUCGCUUGAGUGAGUCGACGUCAACUUCCAGUCGGACAGGAAGUGUCCAUGCAGUUUCGUCAGGCCGUCUUCUGCAGUCUACGAUAGAGAGUCAGUGGCUCGAUCCGCACAACGGAGCGAGGAGUCACGUGGGUGUGGCAGGACUGACGUGGAGCAACACAGUGGCAAGCUCUGCUGAGAGUUGGGCUCGAACUCUCGCCGAGACGUGCGAGAUGUACCACGCCUCGGACAGCGGGUACGGCGAGAAUCUGUACAUGGCUUGGAGUUCUGGGCCUAUUGACAUAACUCCCACGGAGGUUGUGCAGUCUUGGGGGGGGGAGCGGGUCGAUUACGAUUACGAGACCAACACAUGCAGGGCAGACAGACAGUGUGGGCACUACACCCAGAUGGUAUGGAGGAACACCAAAGAAGUCGGGUGCGCUAUUACCUCCUGCACGCUUGUCAGAGAUGGGGAGACAUAUAAUGCACAGAUCGCCGUCUGCCGCUACAACCCCCCUGGCAACUACGUUGGUGAACGGCCCUAUUGACCGUCCGAUUCGCUUGUCUGAGGCCCUAUUGACCACCGUC